AUGGACAGAGAAUUUCUUGCCUUCACUUCCAAAAAUAGUCCAUGGAUUACGAUCAAAGAAGAUGCUUCCAACAAAUCAAAAGACCCAGUUAGGAGUACAGGAAUGCAGUGGUCAUUCUCAAAUAAGGUUUCAAAUCUUCCUCAAUUCUUGUCCUUCAAGAACACUCAUGAAGAUAUGUCAAGAAACAUUGUUGGAGAUCCAAUAGGUUCUUCUGGAUAUAUGACUAUUUCCACUAAAGAUUCUUUUGAUGCACAAACAAUUUGCAAUCAAGAAUCAACAACAUUUUCAGUAUCAAACCAAUCUAAUAAUCAGAUAACUUCUGUUCUUCCUUCAAAUCUUGCUACAACUGGAAUCAACAUGGUUAAUUCGGUUAUAAAAUCGCAAUCUUUCGGUUCUAAAUCCUCUGCUGCUACACCUCUAUCUGUUCUUCCAUCAAUAGGUUCCAUUGUUGGAUCUACUGACUUAAGGAAUAGGAAUUGUUCCAAAUCCAAUGGUACUAUACCUGCUCAAUUGACAAUUUUUUAUGGAGGUUCUGUAUGUGUUUAUGAUGAUAUAUCUCCUGAGAAGGCUAAGGCUAUCAUGUUAUUAGCUGGAAAUGGCACUAAAAAGCAGCCAGAAAUCUCUAUACCUUCCAAAAAAGAUGGUUUCAUUAUAAGUCAAGCCUAUCCAUCACCAUUGCCAAGUCCUCUUCCAAAGACUUCUCAUGCAAGUUCUCAACAAAGGGGAGGUUCAAAUAGCAACAAUGAAAUCACAAUUCUAAGAUCUUUAGGACCUUUAAAUGUCCCAAAUAACUAUUUGGAAUCUUCUAUUGUUGCUCCUUCUAUAGUAUCUGCCCCUUCAGAAAUGAUUCAAUCAGUAUGUUUGCCUCAAGCGCGAAAAGCAUCAUUGACUCGGUUUUUGGAGAAACGAAAAGAAAGGGCAAUGAGCACAUCACCAUACUAUAUGAGCAAGAAAUCACAUGAAAGCAGCCCUCCUGGAUCAGAAAGUGCAAGUUUCUCCAUUGAUUUUUCUGGUUCAAGUUCUCAACCAGCUACAAACUUAAGAACAACAUGUAUGGAAGUUUAG